UUCAACUGAAGAUGAAUAAUAAAAUUAAUAGCAAAUCAACACAAAGUAAUCUUACAUCCAAGGCAACAUCAUCAUCAUCAUCAUCAUCUUUUUACAAGGACACCUGCCAGUAAUUAUUCUUUUCUAAAGAGCUCUAUUACAUUAUCCUACCUGAUCUCUGUGAACCUCAUUGGUCAUAACAGCCAGCUACACCUAUCUGACUCAGCCUCUGCAUAAGUGGAUGGGUGCAUCCUUUUCUCCAGCCUUCAGGUGGUUUUUUACUUUGACUCCGCCUCCUUUAUGUGAAGCCUAUAUCUGCCACAGCAGCCACUGUGAUCUGGCAGAGCAGCAGAAGCAGUUCAGCCAGAGACUGAAGGUCAAUAAAGCAGCUAUUCAUCCUGAGAGCUGAGGCACAAACAAGAGCACGAUGGCCGGUGAACAACGCUUUGUAAUCAGUGCCCGCAUUAUAGGAGCCGUCCACAGGGACACACCAAAACUCAGGAUGUUCAUGAUAUCUGUGUUAUGGUCCGAUGAGACUGAAGUGAUUACCUACAGGUCCUUCCAGGAUUUUAAGAAUUUCCAUCGGCAGCUGAAAAAGAGGUUCCCUGUCAUGAACCCUUUCAGGAGAAACGACAGAGUUAUCCCCAAAUUUAGUGGGCGGGCCAGGCUCAGCAGCCAGCAGAAAGGAUCCAAGCGAUCCGUCCAACGAAUGAAGUUGCUGGAGAGCUACUGCAACAAACUGCUGAAGUGCGAGCCGACUGUGACUCAGAGCUCAGAGGUGGCACAGUUCUUCCUGCCCAAAGACCAUGACCUGCAGCCAGACUUCACCAAGAACAGUAUCAUGAUCCUGCUGUGUGAGGAUCUGCCCGAUGGUGAAGGAGGCGGUGAUGUGACUCGCCAGCAGGCAGGAAACAUCACUCACCCGUUUGUCACCCAGACCUACCGCUGCGUGGCUGCGUACGAGACGAAGGAUACCAAGAACCGUCCGUUUAAAGUCGCUGUGGAUGAGAAGCUGGAUGUGCUGAUCAAAGACCCUGCAGGUUGGUGGCUGGUGGAGAACGAGGACAAGUGUUUGGCUUGGUUCCCUGCUCCCUACCUGGAGUUAUGGGAUGGAGAGGACGAUGAUAACGCUGGAUUCCAGCUUGCAGGUGCCCUGUACUGUGCCGUGAGGAGUUACUCGGCUAAGAAGGAUGACGAGGUGUCUGUGCCCAUUGGCUCUGUGGUGGAGGUGCUGAGGAAGUCUGACAACGGCUGGUGGCUCAUCAGAUUCAAUGGCAAGGCAGGUUACAUCCCCUCCAUGAACCUGCAGCCAUACAACAACCCACGGGCAGGCCUCUACAGCCUGCAGAGAAAGCUGCACAGCUCCACUCUGAACCUGGCAACCAGCAGGGAGCCUCAGGCUUCUCGUGCACCCAGCGUCAGCGAGGAAAUCAGCCCACGGCGGGGUUCUGCAGGUCAGUCCAGAGUAGAGCCCAGUGUGCUCGGGCGUCUCCACAAGGCCCGAUCCCUGGACGUCCUCUCUGAGACCCGUUCGCAAACACAGAUGGAGACGGACGUCUCGACCUCAGACCGCCGUGAACGCAGCAAGAGCAACACAAGCAGCACAAGCACCGAGACCAGCUUCUCCAGCUUUUCCUCCAGCAGCGACUCAUCCUCAAGUUUAAAAGAGGAAGAGCAUGAGAGCUGCACAGGCAGUCCUGCAGCCUCACCCCAGCCCGGUGUCAGCGACAGUGAGGGCAGCUUCCCUGAUCUCAGCCUCUUGGACCGUCGCAGCUCCAGCACUAGCUCUGUGAGCUCUGGAUCUGUCAGCCCCAAAGGCAGUGAGACGGCUUCAAACGCUCCCAGGGUGCCACCCAGACCCAAAACUGAGGAGAUCCUGACCCGCUGCACCACCAUGACCCGCAAGGCAGCUCUGGCCACCAAGACCCGGCUUCAGAUUAAGCCAGAGUCCAUCCACACCCGCUAGGGAAUCACAAGCCUCUGAUUUAUAAUGUAUUCAUAUAAAAUACUUAAUCUGUUUGACCCCACAGGGUCUGUCAGUCGAAUGGGUUUGAGCAGCAUUGUUCAUAUCUCUAUUUCAAAUUUUUGUCAUACCAAAGAUGGUAGAGAAAGCUACCUUGACAAGAUAAAUGUAUGCUGAAUACUGUAAGAUGAUGUUUAAAUAUGUCCCAUUUGAUCAAAUGGAGCAUGGCACCUUAGGGUUGAAUAUUUCACUGUGUAAGAAAAAUAAUAAUAUUAAUAAUAAUGUAGCUUCAGUGAAGCGUUAGAAGGAGCAGGUACAAGAAAAUGUAUGUGACAUUGUCAUGGAAAAUUAUUUUCUCUUGAUUUGAAGCCACUUAAAGGUAAAUUUAUGUGGGUACACCUCGAUGAAUAGACUGAAUGCCAGUGUGAAGACUUUUUGAUCGACUUCCAAGUUAGGACAUUGAAAUCUGUGUAGGGAGAGAAUUUUCCUGUCAGAACAUGUUCUUAAUCAUUGAUUACCUUACAUUUCUUUUUUGUUGCUUAUUGCAUGAAUAUGUAUAUUGCAUAUAUUGUCCGCAGUAUGUGCUGCAUUAUAACCUGUUCACAAUGCAGCUUCAUUAUGUAAC